UGAACAAAAUCCGAGGAUUCCGUGCCUGAAGAAUAGCCGUUACGCACGACGUGUUUGUCCGCUCCGGACACAUCCAAAUGCCUAAAAAUCUAAACAGAACCUAUCCCAUAACCUUUGUCUCUUGUUUAAUGUUUUGUCUCUUGUUAUACUGUAACAAAAAACCGGAUUCCUUCAUCCUCCUCAGUCCUCACUUCCCUCUAUCUCCCCGCCGUGCCGCCGCAACCACAACCACCGUCGUCAAGUCCACCACCUCCCUCGCCGCCGCCGCCACUUCCACCAACCCAACACUCUUAAAAAGCCCGCCAAAAAAAAAAAUAUAACUCCUAAAAUGGCCUCCCAAGACUCCCCAACCUUCCACUGGCACUACUCCGAAUUGGACGACCGCAACUUCCAAAUCCGCGGCCACACCUUCUUCUAUGCCGUCGUCCUCUUCUCCCUCGUCCUCCUCGCCUCCCUCGUCCUCCUCUUCGCCCGAUGGAUCAUCUGCCGCUUCCGCCGCCUCCCCUCCACCUCCGCUCCCGGCCUCGUCCCCGCUCCGCCGCCUUCUCAACCACAAGGACUCGACGCGGCCACAAUUAACAGCUUCCCGAUCAUACUGCAUGAUUCGUCGGGUGCCGGUGAAUCGGAGUGCUGUUGUAUAUGCCUUGGCUUGUUUGAAGACGGGGAGAAAGUGAAAGUGCUGCCGAGAUGCCAACAUUUUUAUCACUCUGCUUGCGUCGACACGUGGCUCUGUUCUCAGUCGAAUUGCCCAAUCUGCCGAUCUUCUCUCCGACCCAACUCACCUGUUUGACUCGGUUGGUGUGUUUUUUUAGCACAUUUUUUUUUUCUAGACCAUUGAUUUUGAAAUUCGGAGUAAUUUCUGGGUACUCUUUCGGGUACUUAGCACUCCUCUUUUAAAUAACUGCGCUUCAUUUAUUGUCAUUUAAUGAAACUUUUAUGUGUAAUUUUGACACUAAAAAGACAAUAAUUGAAGCUCAUUCAUCUAAGAAAGGUAGUCUGAAAACCAUUUCGAUUUUUCCUGUUGUAAAUUAUUGAAAAUGUGUGCAUUUGCAUGUGGAUUGUUUUCUCUCACCUUAUGUAUUUCCUAGGAUUGGCCAAUGCUUGAUAUUUGUUAGGGGGAUUUUUUUUUUUUUUAAUUUGUCAAAUCCAAACAAUUGGCCCAAGUACAAGUGGUCUCCACAUGCUUGAUGAAUUUUCUCUGGUUGAGUGAGCUUUGGACAUAUAGCUAAAAAGCCGACUGUCUUUAUUAAACCAUGACAAAUUUCCAUGCUUCUUUUCAAAAUUUUAAAUAUGAGUUGCCAUUCAAAGUUGGUUCUUUAAACUGGAGCUCAUUGUUCCAUUUUUUUAUAAAAAAAAAACACUAGACUCGUUGUUUGUAACAGAUUAAUUACUAAGUUUUUGUAGCAUCAUGCUCUUCAUCUCAUAUUUUCGAACUUGGAUUUGGAUCUUUUAGUAAGUGGAGGUCAUGUUGGACAUUUUGUGAGCUCCCUCCGGGCCCAUUUCAUAUUUUUCUCAUAUUUAGCUUCAUUUUGGGGACAUGGGCAAGGUAGACUAGCUAAUACCAUGAAUCAUGCAUGUGGAUCCAUGAAAGACUUUUUAUUUCAUAGAGUGUUAUAUGACUCCAUAUCGUACUAACAUUAGGCCAUUUUUUGGUUGUUUGUCUACGUCAAGUUUUUGCUGCCUCAAAACUAGAAGGAACGGGUUUAAGGAGAGUGCAAUGAGGAUCACGGUGGAGUUAUUAUCGUUCCCCCUCCCUUCUCUCGAGUCAUGUUUGUUGUGUUUAUAUUGUCAAUUUGUGCAGGAAAAUAAUGCCGCGAAUAGGAGAAGAGAAAGAAGUGACAAGUGAUUUCGUUGGCAAUUUACAACGCUGUCAAAUCUUUCGUGUAUAUGGAUCCAUGUGAGUAUUUGUGCAAGACAAUUUUCACCCUUUUUGUUUGGUUAGGACUUAGGUCAUCAAAUUGCGUGGGAAGAAUAAAAUAUGCAUUUGUCAUAAUGCAGAAGUAUAUUGGGCUUUUGGUCAUUCCACAUUAAUGGAUUGGAGUAACAUGGGUAAGGGUAGAAUGGUCCAAAUAGUCUGGUGGAGUAUCAAAUAUAUAGUGUUUGACGUUGCCAUAAUGGAUCAGAUUAACAAUCCAAUGGGACUUCGAAUCCCCCUAAUAUAUAUGCCCGAUUAGCCAACCCAUGAGAGACAGAGACAUGCUUUAUCAGGACUUAUCAAUUGAAUUGGAUUACAUUUA